UGACCCUUUACCUUUUGCCUAGGCUACCCUUUCGGAUGCAUAGAACGCAUGCAUAGGCCUAUGGGGUGAUGAAUGAUGACACUGUGUUGGCAACACAAGUAGUCAGAAUAGUAGGCCUAUUGACUUUGUCCAGUCUCAAAGUAAUCUGAAUCACUUUAAUGCUUGUGGGCAGUGCUGUGCGUAUGUGAUGAUAUGCAGUAAUGUGCCAUGUCAACACGUUGUUACUGGAACGUGCCCUAUAGCGAUGCUCUGUUCUGUCAAUAGGUGGAAAGCCCUCGUGGAAACCCAGUGGCUGCACACCCCCUAUGCAAAGGACAUCCUAAAAAAGGAAAGGCAAAAUGUUCCUUACAAAACAGACCCGAGUCAUGUCUCUGAAUGACAUGGAGCGGUUGGACAGGACCCUGUUCCGCUUGGAGCAAGGCUUCGAGCUGCAGUUCCGACUGGGUCCCACCCUACAGGGGAAGAAUGUGCUCGUGUACACCAAUUACCCGCAGGAGGGCCAGCGGUUCGACCGCUUCAAGUUCCAAUCCCUGGAGUGGAUCAACCCCACGGGGCACGAGGACGACUCGGACAAGUACUGCAAGCUGGACCUGGAGAUAGCCGGCUCCUACCAGUACUACUUCAGCUGCGGGAAAGAGGAGAAGAAUGGCAGUGGCUACAUCGUGGUGGACCCCAUACUGCGCGUGGGCCCGGAGAGGACCAUUGUCCCCCUGGACUGCGUCACCAUCCAGACGUACCUGUCCAAGUGCCUGGGCCCCCUGGAUGAGUGGCUGGACAGGCUGCAAGUGGCCAAGGAAGCUGGCUACAACAUGAUCCACUUCACGCCACUGCAGGUUCUGGGCGAGUCCCGCUCCUGCUACUCCCUGGCCGACCAGCUGGAGCUCAACCCUGACUUCUCCCCGCCUGGCAAGAACUACACCUGGGCCGACGUGGGCGCCCUGGUCACCAAGAUGAAGACCGAGUGGAACAUGAUCUGCAUCACGGACGUGGUGUACAACCACACAGCUGCCAAUAGUAAGUGGAUCCGUGUGCAUCCGGAGUGUGGCUACAACAUGGUGAACUCUCCGCACCUGAAGCCUGCCUGGGUGCUGGACCGAGCCCUCUGGCACCUCACCUGCGACAUCGCCGACGGGAAGUACACCAAGCAGGGCCUGCCCCCCGCCAUCACCAGCGACAAGCAGCUUGGCAUAUUGCGAGCAAUCCUGUGGAGUGAUGUUUUCCCUAAGGUGAAACUGUGGGAGUUUUACCAGGUGAAUGUGGACAAAGCUGUGGAACAGUUUAAGAAACUUCUUGACGCAGGCAACAAGCCGUCCGGCAAAGGCGUGGACGCCAAGGGAAAGCUGCGGAUCAUUCAGGAUCCCCUGCACAAGCGCUUCGGCAACACUGUGGAUCUCCAAACUGCACUGGAGCACUUUUCUCAGAAUGGUAAUGACAUCCAGGACUGCUGCACGAAGUUGAAGAAGAAGCUGGAGGAGAUCAACAAGGAGUUUAUGGAGGAGAUGCAUCGGCACCAAGAGCAGGCAACCAACUGCAUCAUGGGAACGGUAUCUUAUGAGCGUCUGGCUGACCAUGGUCCUAAAAUGGGUGCUGUGACAAGGAAACAUCCUCUGCUGACAAGGUACUUCACCUUCCCGUUUGAAGAGAUGACACUGGAGGAGGAGUUUCCCAUGAUGCACCAGGAAGAUAAGGCAUGUCACUUCCUGGCUCAUAAUGGAUGGGUGAUGGGAGACGACCCCCUCAGGAACUUUGCAGAGCCUGGCUCCAAUGUGUAUCUGAGGCGAGAGCUGGUGUGCUGGGGAGACAGUGUGAAGCUUCGGUAUGGCGAGAAGCCUGAGGAUUGCCCUUACCUGUGGGCUCACAUGAGCAAGUACACUGAGAUCACCGCCAAACACUUCGCCGGAGUGCGUCUGGACAACUGCCACUCAACGCCUAUCCACGUGGCAGAGGCCAUGCUAGCUGCAGCCAGGCGAAUCAGGCCCAAUCUGUAUGUGAUAGCUGAGCUGUUUACCGGUAGUGAGGAUCUUGACAAUGUGUUUGUGACUCGGCUAGGCAUAAACAGCCUAAUCAGAGAGGCCAUGAGUGCAGGCGACAGCCACGAGGAGGGCCGUCUGGUGUACCGCUACGGAGGCGAGCCGGUGGGCUCCUUCGUGCAGCCCACGCUGCGGCCCCUGGUGCCCUCCAUCGCCCACGCCAUGUUCCUGGACGUCACCCACGACAACGAGUGUCCCAUUCAGCUGCGCUCGGUGUACGACUCGCUCCCCAGCUCUGCCAUCGUCUCCAUGGCCUGCUGUGCCACAGGCAGCACUAGAGGAUACGACGAGCUGGUGCCGCACAUGAUUUCGGUGGUGAACGAGGAGCGCUUCUACCCCAAGUGGAACCCCGAUGCCAAGCCCGGUACCCCAGGGGAGACCAACCUCCAGACGGGCAUCAUGGCUGGCAAGCUGGCCCUCAACAAGCUGCACAAGGACCUGGCUGCCAAGGGCUUCAACCAGGUGUAUGUGGACCAGGUGGAUGUGGACAUUGUGGCCGUCACCAGACACUGCCCCAGCACGCACCAGUCGGUGGUGACCGUGUCCCGUACCGCCUUCAAGGACCCCAAGACCCACCACUACAGCAGUGAAGUGCCCUCCAUGUGUAUUCCAGGGAAAAUUGAGGAGGUGGUCUUUGAGGCCCGCACGCUGCAACGGACUGUCGAUCCGUACUCCAAAGACGGUCAGAGCAUCAACGGCAUGCCUGACUACACAGUGGUGAUCUCGGAACACCUCCAGUUGAAGGACAGCAAGAUAGUGAAGCAGGCUGCGGUGACCUCCAAGGGCCGCAGUGAGUUUGUGCAGGAGAUCAUCUUUGAGCAGCUCACCCCUGGAAGCGUCAUCGCCUUCAGGGUGAGUCUGGACCCAAAGUCGCAGGAGAUAUUGGGGCAGUUGCGUGGCUACCUGUCGCAGUUCAGUAGGCAGUACAAGGCAGGCAGCCUGACCGACCCCCAGGGCCCAGGAAUACUCAAGAUCGACUUGGAGUUUCUGAUGUCCAAGCUGAGCCUGGCUGACCUGAACACACUGCUGUUCCGCUGCGAUGCUGAGGAGAAGGAGGACGGCGGCGGAGUCUAUGGCAUUCCCUCUUGGCAGGACCUGAAGUACGGUGGCCUACAAGGCCUCAUCUCGGUGAUGGCGGACAUCCGUCCCAGGAAUGACCUGGGCCACCCCUUCUGUGACAACCUGCGCCAGGGCGACUGGAUGAUCGACUACGUCAGCAACCGCCUGGUCACCAGGGAAGGUCCAAUCAGAGAGGUGGGCAAGUGGCUGCAGGCGAUGUUUGGCUACCUGAGGCAUGUGCCCCGAUACCUGGUGCCACGAUACUUUGAUGCCAUCAUUGUUGGCGCCUACACCACUGCCCUGGACGCAGUCUUCAAACAGAUGUCAAGCUUUGUGCAGAACGGCUCUACCCUGGUGAAGCAGCUGGCCCUGGGCUCUGUGCAGAUGUGCGGCGUGGGCCGCUUCACCGCCCUGCCCCCCUUGUCUCCCGCCCUGGAGGACGUCCCUGUGCGCAUCAACCCCGAUACCAAGAAGGAGGAGCAGUGCUGCGUGUCCCUGGCAGCAGGUUUGCCUCACUUCUCUGAGGGAAUCUUCCGCUGCUGGGGGCGGGACACCUUCAUUGCCCUGCGAGGACUCAUGCUGGUCACCGGGCGCCACCUGGAGGCCAGGAACAUCAUCCUGUCGUUUGCAGGCACCCUGCGCCAUGGCCUGAUCCCCAACCUGCUGGGCCAGGGGGUGGGGGCGCGCUUCAACUGCCGCGAUGCCGUGUGGUGGUGGCUGCAGUGCAUCCAGGAUUACUGCAACCUGGUGCCCGAGGGCCUCAGCAUCCUCAACAGCCCCGUCUCUCGCAUGUACCCUACUGACGACUCCCAGCCACAGCCUGCCGGCUCUCACGACCAGCCCCUGUACGAGGUGAUCCAAGAGGCCAUGCAGCGCCACAUGCAGGGCAUCGAGUUCAGGGAGAGGAACGCCGGACCCCAGAUCGACAUGCACAUGAGGGACGAAGGAUUUAAUCUCGUGGCCAAGGUGGAUGCAGAGACUGGAUUUGUGUAUGGAGGAAACCGAUUCAACUGCGGCACUUGGAUGGACAAAAUGGGAUCAAGCGACCAAGGCCGCAACAGAGGCAUGCCGGCAACCCCAAGGGAUGGUUCAGCAGUGGAGCUUGUUGGACUUAGCAAAUCUACUGUGCGCUGGCUGGUGGAGCUGCACAAGGCUGGCAUCUUCCCAUACGACGCGGUCACUGUUCACCGGGAUGGCCACGAGGUGUCCAUCUCCUACGAGGAGUGGAACCAGAAGAUCCAGAGCAACUUUGAGAAGAUGUUCUACGUGUCUGGGGACCCCAAAGACCCCAACGAGAAGCACCCUGACUUGGUCCACAAGAAGGGAAUCUACAAGGACAGCUGCGGGGCCUCCAGCCAGUGGUGUGACUACCAGCUCCGGCCUAAUUUCACCAUCGCCAUGACUGUGGCUCCUGAGAUGUUCACCCUUGAGAGGGCUUGGAAGGCUUUGGAGGUCGCUGAGAAGAAGCUCCUGGGGCCUCUAGGCAUGAAGACCCUGGAUCCAGAUGACAUGGUUUAUUGCGGCGUAUACGACAAUGACCUUGAUUGUGACAACUACAAUUUGGCAAAGGGUUUCAAUUAUCAUCAAGGACCGGAAUGGCUUUGGCCUGUGGGCUAUUUCCUUCGUGCCAAGCUGUACUUUGCAAAGAAGCUGGGCAAGGAGGCCUACGAUAAAACAGUCCUCUUGGUGAAGAAUGUACUUUCUCGGCACUACGUCCACUUAGAAAAAUCUCCCUGGAAGGGUCUGCCGGAGCUGACCAAUGAGAAUGGCCAGUACUGCCCCUUCAGCUGUGAGACCCAGGCCUGGUCCCUGGCCACCAUUCUGGAGGUCCUCCAUGACCUGUGAACGGAAGGAGCCUAAACACUUCCACCUUAUGGAGAGGCUAUGGGUGUGAAUCAAUCUCUGUCCUCCCUCCUUUGGCCUCUGGCCUUGUAGUGUUACGUGAUGGUAGGAAAGAAUCACAGACAGGUAGCUGUAGUUGGAACCGUUUACUUCAUUGUGCCUCGAGCCAAUUCUGAACAUACAUAUAAACAUUCACAUACGUCCAUACAUAAGGGUAAGACAUCAUCAUGUAAUUUGUAUGGUAGCUAAGUCGGGAUAAUUAUCUACUCAUACAGCAGGCCUUGUGGCGCGAGGCUCGACGUCAUCGAUGAUUGACAUUUUUAUUCAUUAUCUGGUGAAGCAUAAUUCGGCAUGGAGAAUGGGGAAAAGGUCUCAAAAAGUCACUCAGUGCUGUUUGGCAGUGGUUGAAACGGUGUGGCUUUUUCUACAUAGAGGCCAGAGGAGAGAGGCCACACACAGGAAAGGACAGAAGCACAAAGAUUGAUUUACACCCUAUGUCACGCUCUUUCCAGACACCUAAGAUCGAAAAAAAAAAAAAAAACAAUGAAUGGGAGUCACCAGAGAGACUAUUUUUUUAAAACCCUUAUUUGUUUGCUUUUUUGAUCUUGAGUCCCAUGGAAGGUUGUGACUUACGCUGGGGCUACGCUGGAUGCCUAAUGUUACAUUUAGUCAAGUUGCUUCAAAAAUACUGGUAAGAAUGGGCUGUAUUAUUGUACUUGUAGAAUGUUCGCUGUGCUACUUUAUCUAGUGUAGCCAGUUUGCAUUGGUUUACAGUGAAAGCUCAUUACGUAAUACGACCGUAAACUGUAUAUUUGUACACAGUCUAUUGUUAUGACAUAUACAUGGGUUCUACAUUUUUGUUUUCUCCUGGCUGCGCGACUCUAGCUGCGCACAACUCAACCUCUGAUUGUUGGAAACCGCUGUCGGUCAAAACAAUUAGCUCACGUGGUUGACUGCCAGUGUCUUGCCCCUCCUCACAACAUCAUGUUUAUAAACACGGUGAACCCAUGUACAAGUCUUUUACUUACUGCAUCCAGCAUAGCCCCAGCCUAAGGUGCUAUUUCCAUGUAGCAGGAUAUUUUUUUAGCAGGGUAUUUUUUUCUCCUGUUUAGGUGUAAACGCAACAUGUGGAUAAAAAUAAAUCCUCCAUUGUAACAAAUAUGUUUCAGCCCCCUAAAUGGGAUAUUUUAGGAAGGCCAAAACCAAUGUAACCAGGAGAAAAAAAUAUCCACAUAUAAAAAUAUCCUGCUACGUGGAAACAGCUCCUAAGGCUCUCCACAAGCAUGCCACCUGCAGGCCCUAUAGGGGUCAGUCAGCUGCACAUUCUCACUCUCCUUGUGUUUGUUUACCUUAAGUGUUCAGCCACAGUGUUGUUAUUGUUUUUUUCUUUUUGCUGAGUUGCUUUUCCUAGUCUUCCAGUAUUACAAAAUAAAAGCACACAUCUCGGUGUUAUUUUCCAUGGUUAGUGCAAAGCCAUAGCUUUGUGCACAUCCCGUCAAAAGUAGAUAUGAUCAUGUUCAUUGUGUCUAUGCACUGGUUUGCCGUUACCUUAUGCUGAAGGACUAUACUGUAGGUUAGAUACCCCAAUGUACUGACUGUACCAUCAGACAGUAGACUACACCAGUGGUCUUACUCUUCCUGUAGAAGUCCACAUUCAAAACUAUUCUUCCAUCAUGACCACUGGAUGAUUCUAGAACUACAGUAUGUAAGCUUUGUAAUGAUUCUGGAACCGUGUUAGCAUUGUCUGGCUAUGUUUGUGUUAAUCAUGUGCCUGGAUAUGUUUAAUGUUCUACUUGUAAUAGAUCACCUGCACCUUUUAAUUUAAACCAAUAAAGACCCAAUGACUGAGUA